UUUAACAAAUUAACAACAGCUUGAGUUUUUUUUACAAUUAGAUGCAUUAUUAGAUGCAUGAUCUAACCACAAAGGAAAUGCCUUGAUAAAACGGACAUCUUGUUUAAAAUACUAAUCUUCAAUGGAAGUUUGAAACUUCUGCUCUCACUUUCUUGAUUGAGUGGGACCAUUUAUUUGAACAUGGUUAAAAUUUGUUAACAAUAGUAUCAGUUGUAAUUAUAUGAACCAAUAUAUUGGUACACAGCUGAGGUAAUUUCCAAUAGUAAAAUUAAAUAUUCAUUAAAAAACUUAUGAUCUUAUCAACUAAAAGAAAAAAAGUAUAAUCACUUAAAAAAGGAAGUGUGGGCAUACGUGUAUCUUGUUUUAAUUACAUUUGAUUUAACCAAAUGCCUCUUUGUUUCUAUACAAUGCUAGUUCACCCCGCCCACACACAGGACUAAGUCUUUGCCUUCAUCACUUACUGCUGUUAAUUACAUACCUGUGACUGACAAAAAAGAGGUGAAUGGGCCAAAUGCCAGAAGGAGAGCCAGUGUGGCAGCUUUGCCGAGAAUGCUGGGUGGUACUGGGGGAGUAGGUUUUUCUGCAUCAUCCCCAUUAGAGGAAAAGUUGGUAGUAGAUCCAAAUAAUGAGGAUGCUCGCCUACGCUUCCAGAACCUGGUGGCAAAUGCUACAGUGAAAAAUGCAGUAACAGGGAUAUUGAGGAGAGCUUCCUUGGAGAGACACAUGUUGGAGGGCACAGUUGGAAGCAGUGAUUGUGGGCAGCAAGGGAACAAAGAAGAACAGUUAAAAGAAACAAAUGAUGAUGUUACAAAUAGCUCUGAAAGUCCUAGUCACACCCAGGAGCUGGAAGAACCUGAAGAUAAUGUUGAAAGGGAAGAGGAACCUGAAGAGUUACAGGAAGGACAAAUAGGUAUGGCUGUACCAGAACCCAAGAACAGUGGGGCUUUAAAGAUGUAUGCAAAACAUGCAGUUUUCAAGUUAAGACAAUUACCGUUCCGCAACAUUGGCUUCAGUACAUUAAGAGGAGUAUCCUUUGUAAAAGAUACGGUAGUAGAGAACAUGUGGAAUCGUUGGCCACAUCAGGAGUCCUCUUUUAAGACUUUUAGGAUGGCAGUGACAGGACUGGUUUUAUUCAUGGCACUUCUCAGUAUCAUUUUUACAUUGCUUCCUUCAUACACAACUGCCGACAGAGGGAGAGAAGUGUACACAUCGCUAGAAGAAUUGUUAAGACCAUAUAUGGGUCUCAGGCACCAUUUCAGACCACCAAUAUAAACAGGUUGUUAACAGUGAAGUGUUAAAUUUGUAUCGAUGAAAAAAAUUAAUUGCAAAUGUUAUAGAAAUCAAUUAAUGGUAUUUAAAUUUCUAACAUGAAAAUGUUCCUCUUUUAUGCAUUAUGCACUUGUCCACAAGUUAAGGAGAGAGUAACCACUUUAUUUUAGAAAGAUAAAUCAUUUUAAAUAUCAUGGAAGUAUUGAAUAACCUUUUUAGUAUUAAUAACAUAUGUAAGGUUAAGAAACUGCCUAGAGAAUAUCAUUCUCUACAAUCUAGUUAUAAAAAUGCUGCUAGAGGGUAAUAUCCUUUGAAACAUUUUACUAUAACAAACAUCUGUAUUGUAACAUUAAAUUUAGAAAAAUUAGCAGUCGUAAGAAAUGGAGACAAGUUCGUGUUUUAAAAAUAUAAAUGUUAAUGUAUCUGAAUAGCAAUAAGCCAUAUUUAACAGAACUAUAUCUUAUAUAUUUAACUUUUUAUGUAUACAGCUGCUGAAAAGUCUUUAAGAGAUGGGUUUACAAAACUUUUAUUGCAACUAUUUAUGGUGCUGUGAAAAAAAGUUACCUGUUAUUUGCUAAUAAAUUUUAAAAGUUA